AUGAACGAAAACGACAAAGAAUCAAACAAAAAUGGUAGCGGUAGUCAAAAGAGUAGAAGCGUUAGCACUAGCAUCGGUAAAGACUGUUGUACCUGGUUCAAAAACGAAGUCAACCUGAAAAAUAUUCUACCAAUUCAUAAUGAUCCUAUGGUUAUGGUUAACUCGCAACCAACCUACACCAACAAACCUCCCACACAGUGGUCCAGCGGUAAAAUAUCGGCAUGGUACGUUAGCUACAGGAUAGUUGUGGCCAUUGUGGUUGUCGUGUGGCUGCCGGUCGACUGCUACUACGAAACACAGAAGUACUUCCAGCUGCACUACGAACUGUGGUUUACUUACGCAACCAACUGGAGCAUCAUGUUUUUGGCGAUUAGUAAUGUCUUGUUUGCCAUCACGACUGCCAGGUUUUACAGCAAGCAGAAGGAAGGAGAAGUGUCGUUUGUGGAAGGCGGGGAGGCAUCGUUUGAUCUCUCAUUAAGUAUACAGUGGGUCAUAUAUAACGCUGCAGCCAACGGGUCUAUAGUUAUAACUGUUUCCUAUUGGGCAUUUAUCAUAUUCGUUGAUAAGUCAAUCAUCCUAUCCCACGUGAAACACACGCUCAACACAGCUUUCAUCAUAGCAGAUCUAUUCAUAUCCUCAACACCGAUACGACUGUUGCACUUCAUCUAUCCCAUUUUCGUGGGAGUUAUCUACAGCACCUUCUACGUCAUCUACUUUUGCAACGGGGGCGUAGGGCCCAGAGGCAAACCCUACGUAUACGAAGUUUUGAGGUGGGACGAGAAACCGGGCCUUUCGACCCUUGUCACAAUUUUGGUUUUAAUGUUGGUUGGGAUGGCGCAAUUUUUUCUCUACUCUCUUUACAGACUGCGGAUGACUUUGUAUGAGCACUUCCAGAGUCGGAAGAAGGCAAAAGAAGUUGACGGCUUUGGUGAGGUGUAUCAGCAGGUCGGUAAUAAUAACUGCAGUGGGGUCGAAAGUUGUGGGGCUGGUAAAAUUUCGGAAUUGGAUUCCGAAACUAAGAAUGUGGUCUCCAGUACUACGUCCACUAAAUCAUACCAAACAAUAUGGCGACAAUGA